GUCCUGGCAUCUCUCUGCCCUCACAUGCACCCGGCUUCGACCCACCCACCCGCACACGUGCUGCAGACCGAGCCAACCAGAGCGUUAUAUGGAUGGAGCCCUGAGCAACAACAUGCCCCUGUUUGAGCAGAGAAACACCAUCACUAUGGCCCCAUUCUCAGGCGAGAGUGACAUCUGCCCAAGAGAGGGUACAUUCAACUUCUUUGAGGUGCACUAUGGCAAUGUAAGCAUCCAGGUCAACACUGGAAAUGUGCAUCGGAUCUGUACGUCCUUCCUCCCUACCAAACCUGAGAAACUAGCUGAGAUCUGUCACAAUGGCUACCUGGAUGCUCAUCGUUUCCUGAGAGAAAGAGAUAUGCUUGGAACACAGCAUCUGCCCCCCGCUUUGGUGUUGGGGAAGGCCACAGCUAAACCUUGUUGUGAGCUCCUGGAGUCGGCUAAAGCAAAAGAGUCAAAGAAGACACUGUUGAAUGAACGAAACCCUCAUCAGGAAGAUCAUCGGUGGCUGGACCUGAAGAACCUCCCAGUUAGCUUUAAGAAAGUACUGUGUGAGGCAUGCAGAGACAGUCAUGAUGACAGUGACUUCCUUCCGGUGAAAGUGGUCAUGUAUGUGGUGACCCUCCUAAUGCUGCCCAUUGACCUGACCAUCUCACUCAUCUCAAGUGUGAUAUUAUCAGGCUGUAAAGCAGUUUACCGACUGUUGAUGUUGACAACAGUCUCUGCAGGCAGACGUGGAGCAGUGGAUGUAAAGACCCCAACAGUGCAUUUUCGGAACACUGCAGCAGCAGUUCUUCUAACUGAGACCUCAGACACCAGAUAGGAAGAGACAAAAAGAUGAAACCUUUGACCUCAACAAUCACACCAGGCUCGAACAAAACUCUUCACUAUGACAAGAACCGUAACCUGGACUUCUUCUCCCUCACUUCUGCAUGUGCAGUUCCCUCUGAAUUCCCCAUGCCUGCAUGUGGCACGACAACUUUGAACCACAGUAAAGUAAAAUUAAAGUAAAGUAAAUUGACUCUUCAUCAAUGAUAAACCAGGCAGGAAAAAGACUGCUUAGGAUUGCACGUUAAACUUGGUAAAUAAAUGGUAUUAAUAUACUUUUUCUCAGUGAUCAUCAUAUGGCAAAAUAAUUUACUCUGAUUUUAAUCAAAGUAAAUGAGCAUGAACUCAUUCCAGAAACUGAAUUUGGUGUAGUGUUGACAAGAAAACCAAAUUUGGUAUCCAGAGUUAUCUGCUAAAUACAACCAUUUCAUCUACACCAAUACUGGUCAAACAUGCCUAAACUUUUUACCUCUGAGGGCCAAAACUGAAACUAAAUGGUGGUCAGAAGAAUACACCUGUUGUAUUGUGUUGAAUAGAUGUAAUACUGGGAUCCCAACUUCCCUUAAUUGACUGGCUUCUUGUGCAAAAUGGCCACUGUGCUUAGAAAACCAAUUCAUAAAAAGGGAUCCUCCAUAUUUAAAGACAGUUUUUAAUGUAUUUUCUAAUUUUUUUCAUGCAUUUUAUUGUCUUUGUGUUGUUUGACUGUAAUAAAAUAAGUAUGUACGUGGUAUGGCACUCUUUGUUACAUAAACAUUGUCAUAGGAUGAUGGUGAGUGGUAAGUUUCAUAGUUCCAUACAAGACCUUCCAAAAAUGUGUUUUAUUCAAAUAGAAGAUUUGAAUGACUUACUUCUAUCUUCCAUACGAAUAUGUGGCUUAUCCAAUACUUGUAUAAGUGUAUGGUACUGUUCAUGUAGUACAGCAUGCCAGUAACAAGCUCUAGGUUUUUUUGUGUGUGUGUAAAUUGUGUUUUAAAGAUUUCAGUUUGAGGAAUUUCUUACAACUCUGGCACUUCAAGCAGGACCCUGAAGUAUAUCUCAACUGACUUGAGUUGAAAUUCAAUUCCAUGAAAUGUACUAUUGAAAUCAAUGAGUGACAAAUACCUCUUUGAAUCAAGUACCUAUCUGGUCAUGAGAUAAGAGGUUAUACUUUUGUCUAACGAUGUUAAAUAUGUUGUGAACCAUGUUACUGUGACAUCCCGUUUCAGAAUCAGUGUUUGUUGUCUCUUCUGUACUGAGCUUCACUUCCAUCUGUUGUUAUCCUCAUGUUCACGCAUGAUGCUGUGCUGUAUGACACUUCAAAUGACUGCAAGGUAUUUCAAUAAUAUAGAAAAAGCAUCAUCAGGACAUUUUAAUGGACAAAUGUUUCAUAAAAUUCCUUGUGAAUGACAUUUUCAUCAACAUACAAAACAUAAUUCUAAAUUUCCUAAAACAAAAAAAGUGAUAAGGUUAAAAUAAAAACCUGUUUGUGUUGUAACAGUAUAUUGGAAGGCUUGCCAGAAAUUCCUCCUGUUGAAUCUCUAACAUCCAUGUCGAGUGUGGUUUCACGGUGUGACCACUUUGCAUUGCGGUCAGUUCAUAGCACCAUAAAUGUAAAACAUUAAUGCUAGCUAAAUCCUCACUUAACAUAGAGGAUCAUAUCGGCUCACACUGAUGAGUCAAGCCCAUAAAAUAACCAUCUGAAGUUUAAUCUACUGUCCAAACAGUAGAUGUGAAUGUUUACAAUUACUGCAUCACAGUGCAGUACAGUACAGUACAAAGGCAAAACAAACAUUUAAAUACAUGACCUUCUUCAAAAGACAGUCAAGCAUCAUUGUUAAGUCCCUGAUUUCACAUAUUUAAAAAGACUGUCAUGAAGAUGAUCAUACAUGUAUACAAGACCAGAAAAAAAAAA